CCUCUCCCUUCUCGACCAGAAACCCGGGACUCAUUGUGACUUUGCUUCACACUCUCAAGUUGACUGAGCCCAUUUUCAACGCCUUGCUGCCGCCCACGUUAGUCGAUCGUUGAUCCUGUGCGGCAAGACUUCUUUGAACACCCACAUGCGACCAUAUUCCCUGGAGAAGCCAAAAGCGACAUCUGCCAGCCCUCUCGACCUCGAAGUCCACGUUUCAUUCGGUCGCGUACCUUCGCCAUGGCACCCAACGCCGGCGUCCUUGGUCAUGAAGCCAGUGUUCGCCACAGAGAUGUAAAAAGGGAGAAGCGCGAGCACAGCGCAGAGCACAGCUCUACAGAAGCAGUGGUAGCCGAUGAGCUGCUGGCCGUUCUGGGAUACAAACCCGAGUUAUCCCGCAAUCGCUCGACAUGGCAGGUCUCCUUUAUGUCAUUUGUACUCGCAUCGGUGCCGUACGGGCUGUCGUUGACGCUUUAUUAUCCGGUCAUUGGCGGCGGUCCGGUGGCCAUCAUCUGGGGCUGGUUGCUUGUAGGGCUGAUUAUGACUUGCGUCGCCAUAUCCCUUGGCGAGAUCACGUCGGCGUUUCCGACCGCUGGUGGAGUUUACUACCAGACCUUCAUGGUGUGUCCGCCGUGGUGCCGUACCGUCACCGCUUGGAUCUGUGGUUGGGCAUACACCAUGGGAGUUGUUUCAAUAACGCUCUCGGUCAAUUUUGGAACUGCUCAGUUUUUCGUCGCGUGCAUCAACAUCUUCACAGACGCCGAAGGCAACCCAAUCUGGGCUGCGGAAACGUACCAGGUCUUCUUGUUGUUCCUUGCUAUCACGUUUCUGUGCAAUGCAGUUUCAUCUCUGGCGAAUAGAUGGCUCCCAAUCCUGGAUACCUUUGCGAUCUUCUGGACCUUUGCCGGUCUCAUGGCCAUUGUCAUCUGCACUCUUGCGCUAGCCAAGGGUGGACGAAACAGUGCCGACUAUGUUUUCACCGGAUUUGAGACGAACUCUGGAUGGACUCCUGGGUGGUCAUAUUUCAUUGGCUUGCUGCAAGGCGCCUACGUGACCUCGGCAACUGGCAUGAUCAUUUCCAUGUGCGAAGAGGUGCAACAACCCGCCACUCAGGUCCCGAAAGCCAUGGUCUUCACUGUUAUUCUGAAUGUUAUCUGCGGUUUGUUCUUCUUGAUUCCUAUGGUUUUCGUCCUCCCUCCAAUUGCCGACGUCGCUGCUCAAGCCUCUCCUAUACCCUACAUUCUGAGCGUUGCCGUCGGCAAUCAAGGCGGAGCCUUUGCCCUUACCAUCCCCAUACUGGUCCUUGGGCUUCUCUGUGGGACCAGCUGUACAACCGCUUCUUCUCGAACUAUCUGGUCGUUUGCCCGGGAUGGAGCCAUUCCUGGCUCGCGGUGGUGGAAAAAGAUCAACCUCAAACUGGAUGUACCAUUCAACGCCAUGAUGCUCAGUAUGGUGAUCCAGUGUCUUCUGGGCAUCAUUUAUUUUGGAUCUACAGCAGCAUUCAAUGCCUUCAGUGGCGUCGGGGUCGUUUUCUUGACUAUUGCCUAUACGAUACCGAUCGCCAGCUCUCUCUUCACCGGGCGGAAAACCCUGAAGCAAGGACACUACGAUUUUGGAAUAUUUGGCGUAACCUGCAACAUCAUCUCAAUCUGUUGGUGUUUCUUGGUCACACCGUUGUAUUGUAUGCCAGCAUACUUGCCCACCACGGCAACAACCAUGAACUAUGCAUCUGUAGUAUUCGUGGCCGGAGUGGCUGUUUCAGCCAUGUGGUAUCUCGUUUGGGGUCGCAAGAACUACAAAGGCCCUCCAGUCAGCGAGGAGGAAGUCAUCGCACACCGUGUUUCCAUCAUUGGAGCAUAAGGAAUGUCUUGAUGAAAGAGGUCCCAGAUCUCGUCCAUUAGAAGUUGAGGCCUUCCUUGUAGCCAUUUAGAACCGAAUAAAGUCCUUAAC